ACAAUACCACAGCUUAGAUAUUUACGACAAAUACGACAUUCCAAAUAGGUGUGCUGUGUCUAGUAGGAGUUCUCUAUACACAUAGAAUCUGAACCCACGCAACAUAAAGUCCGGUGGAAACCUAAAACAUUGAGUUCCGUCCAUGCGCAGAGGUUCCCCUGGAAUGUGUCAUUCGUUCCUGUAUCAGCUGUCAAACCCCAUUGACGCCUAUCCUGGUGCUACGGAUGUGUAUUUAAGUUUUUUCUUGACCGCAGAGGAAUACAGCACGUAAUAUCACUGUGUACAUGAAUACACAACUGUUUAUUAAGUGUAUUAGUAUCGAUGACUCGGUUGUUUUCCAAUGUAACGGGGUGCAUCGUCAAUAAUUCAGACUGAGUGAAUAUAAACAUUGUUGCUCCGAUUUUUGCAGCACUGGUCAGUGUAGUAAAUAAUGUUUAUGUUGCUCAUGUCGACACGCUUAGAGUGAAUAUUAUUCAGUACUGAGUUUAUCGCGGAUGUAACGAUGAUUGAAGGUUAAAUUUUUUAACGAUAAUUGUGCAUGGGCGUCUGGAAAUCAUCAUUGGAUGUCACAACGUAUGGAAAAAUAGUACCUUUCACCCGGGACAUUGGAUGCAGAUUUUCAUAGUGAGUUUCGAGGGAACUUCGGUGAAUUCAACUGAGUGCCAUUUUCAGAGUGGAAUGCAGCAAUGGCCAGUGGAAGCUUCAUAAGCAAGCCGGCUAGAGGAUGGCUCCAUGCAGAUCAUCUGGUCGAGGAGGGAAUCACUUACGCUGUGCGGUACAUUGGGUGUCUGGAGGUCUACACGUCUAUGAAGAGUCUGGAUUUUGAAACGAGAUCAUGCGUAGCAAAAAAAUGUAUCAACCGAGUCUGUGAUGCAGCGGGGUUAAAUUCUGCAGUCAAAAGAAGACGGGUUAACAGAACAGUUCUACAAGCAAUCGCUAAUACACCGUUCAUGGAGCAUGCGGGCUCCAAUAUAAAUCUGACAAUCAGCAGCACUAGUCUGACACUUACGUCCCUUGAGACCGGUCAUGUCAUAGCUAAACACGAAAUGCCGAGGAUUUCAUUUGCUUCUGGGGGUGAUACGGAAAUACUGGACUUUGUCGCGUAUGUAGCAAAAGAUGUGCAAGACUGGCGAGCGUGUUUCGUAUUGGAGUGUGGUGGUGGUCUGGCCCAAGAAGUCAUAUCAACGAUUGGUCAGGCAUUCGAAUUGAGAUUUAAAGAAUUCCUUACAACACCUUCUUCAUUGCAUCCGGCGUUGAAUGGAAUUCGAGAACCAGACCGGGAUUACUACAACGAUUUACCCGGAAAAGUCCCCCCCGACAUCGGACCACCACCGGUGCCACCACUUCCUGCCACGACUUCAACUCUACCCAAUCUUAAACAUCACCAUUCUUCACAGAAUCAUGCGCUGUCGAAUCAUAUUCAAUGCACAUUUGUCAAUGGUCGGAGACGGCAAGCCCCUGGACAACCGUGGACAGAAACUGGUAACUUAAUUGAUCUGAGUUCGGACGGUGCUGCAUCUGCUCAACCAGAACAUAAUUAUGUUAAUGACACCGUCGUUGCAACCAGCCAUGAAAAUAGACCUUCGCCGCAACCCUCAUCGCUAUUUGAUGCAUUCGACAUGCAGCCAUUCAGCACAGCAAUAUCAGAGAUGAACAAAUUGAGUCCGCGUUUUCAACAGAAUCAACUGAAAACAGAAGCUUGGUACCACGGCAGUGUCAGUCGUCCGGAAGCAGAAUCAAUGCUGACUAAAGACGGUGACUUUUUGGUUCGUGAGUCCCAGGGCUCACCGGGACAAUACGUCCUUACAGGGAUGAAUAAUGGAACCCCAAAGCAUUUACUUUUAAUUGACCCCGAGGGAGUUGUUCGCACCAAGGACCGUAUUUUUGACAGUGUCAGCCAUCUGGUGAAUCACCAUUGUGACAACGCGCUUCCAAUUAUAUCAGCAGACAGUGCGCUUGUACUUCGAUAUCCAGUCCCACGAAGAAGCGAUUAUUGAUGGAAUCGUCUCUGAUCUUCCUGAAAAAAGAGAAAGUGUGAAAUAUUGCUAUCGAGUCGUAAUGUUAGCGAAUGGGUAAUACAAAGCCAAUAGGAUAGAAGAGAAAGUAAAAAUAAUUUAAGAAUGAUUUUUACCAGUGCCACCAAUUCCCAGCCCUCAAGUAGUAGAAUGAUUUAUUUCCCUGCUGAUAUUUUUUAAAAAUAAUUUUUAGGCUCAUUUCUUCCAUACCCCGUUUGACUUUUGCCGUUGGCUCGUGGCAUGCUGUGCUUAUGGAUGACAAAGUUUAAUUAACAAGUCUAGCACUUUCUCCUUGAAAUUCUAUUGGAGUUCAGUGGAAAUUUUCUAAAAUAAUUUUAUUAAUUUAUUGCAACAGUUAAAUUCCACAGUAUGAAAAUUUCAUAUGACCUUUUUGACCAAAAAUUUUAUAGAUAUAAAUCCAUAGAUUUUAAUUUCCUAUAGACAUUUGUUGGCAUAAAUUUCUGAUGCUCUUAUCUUUGUACUGAAUAAAUAACUGCACUGAGACA